AUGUCAGUACGCCCGGAUGACCUAGCAGAGUCUCCCUUUGAUCUUUCGCCGACGACCAUUGAUAACGUUAAUUUUGCGGAUGAUCGAGCGCAAUGGGUACCAAAACACCAAGGCCCCAACGUCUUCCCUAACUUUUUCUUGUUUGGCCGCUUGUUGCGUUGGUCUUAUAGGCGCAAACUCGUAGCCAUAAAGGAUCUCACCCAUGGAUAUACAGCCGACUACGCUCAACUGCUGACGGACGUCCUCCAUCUCCGAAAUGUGUUGAGACAGACGCUGCCACCCACGAUUAUCCGGAAAAUUGAUAGAGAUGAGGAAGUCUUCAUUAACCUACUUGGACCUGGUGGUUAUGAGUUUGUGGUGGGCUUCUUUGCCCUGAUGGCAUUGGGUGCUGUCAUUGUACCUAUUUCUCCUGAUCUGCCUGCCAAAGAAGCAACAUACUACGCCACCAAAUCAAAUUCUUCAGCUGUUCUUGUUGCACAGCGCAGCGUGCACCUUGCACAGGACCUUGAAUCUAUAGUCCACAAACUACAGAAUGAGGGCUUCCGUGCCAUUCAGAUUACACCACAUAUCAUGCAGAAGCCGCUGGAUCCAAGUCAAAUUCAAAUUUCAUCAGAUCCGUACUUCGACCUGAAUAAGCCUGGCUUGGUCAUUUUCACUUCGGGAACCAGUGGGCCGCCUAAAGGUGGAGUCAAGCGACGUGGCUUCUUUUACGAUGUGGCGGCUUCUUUCAGUGACCAACAUGGGAUCAUGGAAGGUGAUGCAGUAUUGCAUGUCUUGCCUGUGCAUCAUGCAACUGGGGUAACUGUCACUUUGAUUCCCUUCUUGUACUGUGGAGGAUGCAUCGAGUUCCGCAGCGGUGGCUUCAAUGUCGAAUGGACAUGGGAGCGAAUCCGGCGAGGCGGGCUAUCGUUCUUUUCAGGAGUGCCAACCAUCUACAUGCGCUUGAUGGCAUACUAUGAACAGCGGUUGUCAAAGUUACCCCCGCGAGAUUUAGAGGAAUACGUCAAAGGCAUAAAUGAAUUCAGGGCUCUCCUGUGUGGCACUUCAGCACUGCCACGGCCUCUGCAGCAGAAGUGGACGAAAUUAAGAGGAGGCAGGGCCAUCUUAACAAGGUACGGUGGUACCGAGUUCGGGAAUGCCUUUACUGUUACACCACGGUUAGAAGGAGUACCAGAUGGGUCUGUUGGAGAAAAAGCCCCUGGAAUUGAUCUUAAAUUAUCCAACGGCGAUGAAGGAGAAGUGCUCAUGCGAAGCCCCAUCUUGUUCUCCAAAUAUUUAUUUGAUCAGGAAGCGACAAGAAACGCUCUCGAUGACAAUGGAUAUUUCAAGACCGGAGAUAUUGCCCGCCGGGAAGGGAAGUAUUACUUCAUUCUGGGCCGAGCAUCCAUUGACAUUAUCAAGAGUGGCGGCUACAAAAUCUCAGCUCUGGAUAUCGAACGAGAAAUCUUAGGUCUCGGGUAUGUUGCGGAAGCCAUGGUGGUCGGGGUGGAGGAUGAGGAAUUUGGUCAAAGGGUCGCAGCCGCGGUAGUCUUACAACCAAAUGUACCACAGAGCUUGACUUUGGACAAGCUCAGACACGAUCUGAGAACGACGCUGGCAGGUUACAAGAUGCCGACGCUUCUUCGUGUAGUUAAUGAACUUAAGAAAAAUGCCACAGGAAAGGUGGUUAAGAAGGUGCUUGUCAAAGAGCUGUUUCCCUCUGAAGGACAUCACGAUGUGCAACGAUGGGACUCUAAGAGCCACGAGAAUAGACUUUGA